AUGACCACGGAGUCCCUCAAGCUCGUCAACUCCCUCCAGCCUGGGAAUCCCGUCCCCUUCGAACCGAUUGAAAAGGGAAAAGUCUCCUGGUAUGGUUGCGGACCGACCGUCUACGACAAGAGCCAUCUGGGCCACGCGCGCAACUAUGUGUCCACCGACAUCAUCAGGCGCAUCCUGAUGCACUACUUCACCUACGAUGUCAACUUUGUCAUGAACAUUACAGACAUUGACGACAAGAUCAUCAUCAAGGCGAGACGACAACGGUUGCUCGAGCUGGAGAAGAAGAAGCAGUACUCCCAGGAGGAGCUUCAGAAGCUGGCUCUCGCUGCUUUCCAGGCGUACGCCAAGAGCAAUCUGCCACUGCUCGUUAAGGAGGGCGAAGAGCUCACAGAGUCGAACUAUAAUGAGAGGCGAGAUGGUGGCUAUGGGAAGGUGCUGGCCGGCGCAGCUCUCUCCGGCGACGGGAAGCCGGGCGAUGACGAGGCCAAGGUGAAGAUGCACAUUGGCAACAUGGAUGCUGCCUCGGUGGCCAUGAAGAACAAGAAGAUCUUCCCUGGCACAGACGAGAUUCUGCUCCCCUAUCUGGACUCGUUAUACAAGGAGACAAUUGAUACAGCAGACCAGACUAUGUUUACGGAUCUUACACGCAGCAUGGAGGAUCUUUUCCACGAGGAUAUGGACGCGCUCAACGUACUGCGUCCGAGCGUCAUCACACGUGUCACAGAAUACGUUCCCCAGAUUGUCGAUUUUGUGGAGAAGAUUGUGUCCAAAGGGUUUGCGUACGAGGUCGAUGGCUCCGUGUACUUCGACAUUGGCGCAUUUGAGAAGGGUGGUAACACAUAUGCACGAUUGCGCCCCGAUGUCAGGAAUGACGAGUCGCUGCAAGCUGAAGGCGAGGGCUCCCUCUCUAAGAAUCUGGGUGUGAAAAAGGGCGCGGGGGACUUUGCGCUGUGGAAGAAGUCGAAAGCUGGCGAGCCAUACUGGCCCAGUCCGUGGGGUGAUGGUCGUCCUGGAUGGCAUAUUGAGUGCUCCGUCAUGGCCUCGGAUGUCCUCGGCUCCAAGAUGGACAUUCACUCUGGCGGCAUUGAUCUGGCAUUCCCGCACCACGACAAUGAGCUGGCCCAGAGUGAGGCGUACUUCUGCGACCAUAGCAAGGGUGAGCACACUUGGGUCAACUACUUUUUGCACAUGGGCCACUUGUCCAUCUCUGGCUCAAAAAUGUCCAAGUCUCUCAAGAACUUUCAGACGAUUCAGGACGCGCUGCAGACUUCGUACACAGCACGCAGCAUGCGCAUUGUCUUUUUAAUGGGCAAAUGGAAUGAUGGAGUGGAGAUUUCACCCGACAUGCGGUUGCAAGCCGACAAUUGGGAGACCACAGUGAAUAAUUUCUUCGUCAACACCAAGUCUUGGUUGGCAGAGGCCGAUGCCGAAGGGGGCAUCAAGGCCCUGUCGCUGGAUGGGGAGAAGCCCAAAGAGGGCCUUCUUGCUGAGCUAGAACAGGCCAAGGCUGACCUCCACGCGGCGCUCUUGAACUCAUUCGAUACCCCCAAGGCCAUGCUGAUCAUUCUCAAGUUGGUCACCGCUACAAACAUCUACAUCAAGGACAACAAGGACGUGAACCUGGCAGAGGUAGAGGCUAUUGCGCGAUGGAUCACCAAGAUUGUUGGAAUCUUUGGACUUGACGCGCGUGCUGAACCACCGUACAAUGGAAUUGGCUGGGCGUCCCAGCUAUCAGCCGACAUUGACCCCAAAUCAGCGAUCGCUCCCUACUCUGAGGCCUUGACCCGCAUCAGGGCCGAUGUCGAGGCCUUGUCCGUGACAGGCAGCGAGGGCAUUGCCGGACUCCUUUCGAGCGAUCCGCUUGCCGAGUUCGAGGCAUUGGUUAACGCAGGGUCGCGUGAUCUGGAGAAGCUGGCGCUGCCCUAUCUCCGGUCCGCGUCCCGUAUCCGUGACGAGCUUCGUCGUGUGGUGUCAUCGCAAACAGCAGAGACCAAAAAGUCUCUCCUGGCACUCACGGACCGCAUUCGCGACCAGGACCUCACGAACCUUGGCGUGUAUCUCGACGAUCGCCCGGACAACCAGCCGUCCCUCAUCAAGUUCAUACCUGCUGCCGAGCUCAUCGCCGCUCGUGAGGACAAGGCUGCCCAAGCGGCCGAGAAGGCCAAGAAGAAGGAGGAGGCACGUCUUGCUUUGGAGAAGCAGCAGCAGGAAGCCCGCGAGAAGGCCAAGGUCCCUCCCGAGAAGUUGUUCAAGAACGAUGAGAGGUAUGGUGCCUGGGACGAGCAGGGCUUGCCGACCAAGAUGAAGGACGGCAGCGACGUACCGAAGAGUCAGCAGAAGCAGUUGAAGAAGGCCUGGGACAAGCAAAAGCGAGCGCACGAGGACUUGAAGGCAAAGGGCGGUUUGUGA